AUGGCUGUGAAAUUAAAUGAGCUUGGUCAGGACAACUAUGUAAUCUUGGAAAGGCGAUCUCAUCUCGGUGGCACAUGGUAUGAUAAUCGAUAUCCAGGCUGUUCAUGUGACAUUCCAUCGACGUUGUAUUCAUUUUCAUUUGAACCCAAUCCAAACUGGUCCGAUUUCUUCGCUCGUCAAGCAGAGAUUGAAGCAUACUUGAAAUAUUGUGCAGAUAAAUAUCAUAUUCGCCAACAUAUUCAAUUCGAGACCACUGUUAUUGAUUGUAAGUGGCUGGAUGACCGACAACUUUGGCAAGUAACCGCACAAUCGAACGGUCAAGAGAAAUAUUUCUUCAGUCGAACGCUGGUAUCGGGCUGUGGUGGUCUGUCGAAUGCAUCAUUUCCUACGGAUAUUCCUGGUAUUGGUUCUUUUGAAGGAGAAAUGUGUCAUUCCGCUCAAUGA